UCCGAUGUGGGAUGACACUCUAACAGCUUUCCCAUCACCGCUCUCUCGUCAUCAAACCCCGUUGGUAGUUUACUUAAUCUUUGCUUCGAGAUCUAGAUUUGCAGUCACAAAUUUUUUUAAUUUUUUCAAGAUCUGAGGUGGGAUGUUGAUUUUCUUCCUCAAGAAGUCUGGAAAUAGAUCUAGGGACUGCGUCGGAAAGGGAUGCAAGUUGCGACGGCGAGAGGAUGUCAAGCGCUACGAUGGCGGGGCUUUCGAUAGCGUCACGGCGAGAGGAUGCCAGGGGCUGCGAGGGCGGGGCACUGUGAUGGCAGGGCUUUCGACGGCGGGGGUUGCGGAAGCAUCAUCAGCGGUGGUACUGAAGCGGCGGCGACGGCAGUGCAGAAGGGUCAGCGUCGGGCCGUGGUAGAUGGGGUGUACAGGGUAGAAAGGACAAGGGGUAUAAUGGGAAAGUCAACACAAUUUUCAUCACACAUAAAAUUGCAUGCCCGGUCAAACCGGGAAGUUCUUUUUUGGACGGAGGGAGUAUUAGCUUUUGCACUAUUUAGAUUUUACUCUGAUGAUACAUACACUUUAUUAUAAGAACUGUUGGAUGUUUUAGAUUAUUUGAAAAUUUUGUGUCUUUGGAUACCAAAUUAGUAGCAACCCGGUUGGCUAAUCUAUGAUUCUGGUCAUUAUUAAGUCCUAUUUAGGAUAUACAAAAGUUGUUGGGGAAGCACGGAACAAAACACAACGGAAGCGUAUAAAAUCUUUUCCCCAAAUCAAUGAGAUGAACAACAAAGCACAAUAUACUCCAAAAAUCAGCACCACCACCACAAAUAGAUAGCAACGGAAAUAAGAUAAAGAACACACGAUUUACGUGGAAACCCCAAAUCGGGGAGAAAACCACGGCCGCUCAACAACGGCACCCAAACUUCCACUAAUCACCAAGAACCAAGUGGGUACAACAAGUUCUCCUCUCUAGUAAACACUAGAGGCAUACACAAUCAUCAAGGAGCAACCUUGGAACAACAACAAUCAACUAUUCAACAUAAAAUGGAGUAAAAACUCCCAAAAACGCAGGUCUGAAAAUGCAGCUAGAAAACAGCCUUCCGGGAAUCAAAAUGAGAAUCUGACCGUUGGAUUUGAAGAGGAGUAUGUGAGGAACAACAUACUAAAAUUUGAGCACGAUCCGACUUUGUUUGGCCUUCGAUCCGGAGGUGAAAAGUUGCUGCUGUAGAGAGUGGCGGAAAUCUUCUUUUUCUUCCUCUUUCCUGCGUUUAGCUACUGCCAGCCCUCACUUCUUCCUUUUUUUUUCUCCCUUAUCUUCUCUCUUUUUUCUUUAGUUAGUAGCCACACACAACACAAGAGAAUGGGCCACCAAAAAAAACAAUUGGGCUAAAACUUUACACACAAAAAUAAGCCCAAAUAUAAGAGAGAGAUUUAAAGUGUUGUCCAAUUAAAAUUGGACACUUCCUCCAUGUAGGAGGGAUAUUUCCCAACAAAUCUCCCCCUCACUC